CCUAGCCUUCCCUUCCCCAGCGAGCGAUCGAGGGGCCGCCGCGGUCGGCUCUGCCCGGGCGCUCCUGCCUCGGCCGCCGCAUCCACCGCUCCGCCGAGCCCGGCCCCAUCGCGGCGGAUACAGCGCGCGCGUGGGCUCCGGGAAGUUGACCGAGGCGGCUGCCGCCGCAUCCCCGGGUCCGGAUUGCACGAAGCCGGCGUGGCAGUCUCCUCCUCGCACAGCCCUGGGCGCCUCCUGCGUGCUCCACUUUCCAUCUGCUAUUGUUACUGAUUGUUUUCCGGUGGCCACAGCCUUCCUCCGAAACUUACAAAGAAAGUGUCGGAUUUCCCCUUGUCGGAACUGAGGAAUUGCCGACCACCUCUGGGUAGCUGGAUGAAACCCACCCCUUCCCCUUCUGGUACCAAAGUGCUUACUCCUCUCCAAAGUGCCAUGUCUGAACUGUUAAUGGGAAGAAGCAGCUGCUGAGACGUGCCCUACCUUUGCCCCUGCCUUGCGCUCCCCUUUCCCCGGCCAAGCCGCAAGGAGAGAGCCCCCUUUGGCUGUCCUUCGUGGAAACGGGUUCUCCGAAGCUGGCAAGCUGAGGCUGGAUUUGGGGGAGGAAUAUUCGACUUGGAGGAGUCUGCGCGCUUUUCUCCUCCCAGCGCCUCCGGGUCGCCGCUAGUUCACCGCUCGGUCCCCGUGCUCGCUCUCCCACCCCACCCACUUCCUGUGCUCGCCCGGGGGGCGUGUGCUGAGCCGCUACCGAGUUCUGGGAAGUUGUGGCUGUCGAGGAUGGGGGUCUGUGGGUACCUGUUCCUGCCCUGGAAGUGCCUCGUGGUCGUGUCUCUCAGGCUGCUGUUCCUUGUACCCACAGGAGUGCCCGUGCGCAGCGGAGAUGCCACCUUCCCCAAAGCUAUGGACAACGUGACGGUCCGGCAGGGGGAGAGCGCCACCCUCAGGUGCACGAUUGACAACCGGGUCACCCGGGUGGCCUGGCUAAACCGCAGCACCAUCCUCUAUGCCGGGAAUGACAAGUGGUGCCUGGAUCCUCGUGUGGUCCUCCUGAGCAACACCCAAACCCAGUACAGCAUUGAGAUCCAGAACGUGGAUGUGUAUGACGAGGGACCGUACACCUGUUCCGUGCAGACAGACAACCACCCAAAGACCUCUCGGGUCCACCUCAUCGUACAAGUAUCUCCCAAAAUUGUAGAGAUUUCUUCAGAUAUCUCCAUUAAUGAAGGGAACAAUAUCAGUCUCACCUGCAUAGCAACGGGUAGACCAGAGCCUACGGUUACCUGGAGACACAUCUCCCCCAAAGCUGUUGGCUUUGUGAGUGAAGAUGAAUACUUGGAAAUUCAGGGAAUCACCCGGGAGCAGUCAGGAGACUAUGAGUGCAGUGCCUCCAAUGAUGUGGCAGCACCCGUGGUGCGAAGAGUGAAGGUGACCGUGAACUAUCCACCAUACAUUUCAGAAGCUAAGGGUACAGGUGUCCCCGUGGGACAAAAGGGGACACUGCAGUGUGAAGCCUCAGCAGUGCCCUCAGCAGAAUUCCAAUGGUACAAGGAUGACAAAAGGCUGAUUGAAGGAAAGAAAGGGGUCAAAGUGGAAAACAGACCUUUCCUCUCAAAACUCAUCUUCUACAAUGUCUCUGAGCACGACUAUGGAAACUACACUUGCGUGGCCUCCAACAAACUGGGCCACACCAAUGCCAGCAUCAUGCUAUUUGAACUAAAUGAGCCUACAAGCUCAACUUUGUUGCAAGAAGUGAAAACUACAGCCCUGACCCCUUGGAAAGGCCCGGGUGCCGUCAGCGAAGUGAGCAACGGCUCUUGGAGGAGGGCAGGCUGCAUCUGGCUGCUACCUCUUCUGAUCUUGCACCUACUCCUCAAAUUUUGAUGUGAGUGCCACUUCCCCACCGGGGAAAGGCUGCCGCCACCGCAACCACCAACACAGCAGCAACGGCAACACCGACAGCAACAAACACAAUAUAUUCAAACAAAAUUUGGAGAAACAAAGCCUAAUGGGACAGAAAUUUGAGGGAGGGGAACAAAGAAUACUUUGGGGAAAAAAAAAGUUUAAAAAAGGAAAUUGAAAAUUGCCUUGCAGAUAUUUAGGUACAACUGAGUUUUCUUUCUUUUCCCAAACGGGAAGAACACACACCCGGCUUGGACCCACCCACAAGCUGCAUCGUGUGACCUCUCUGCUGCCAGUGUGGGCAACGGCUCAGCCCCUCUGCCCACGGAGUGCCCCCCAUGGAACAUUCUGGAGUCGGCCAUCCCAAAUUCAAUCCGUCCAUAGAGACAAACACAGAGUGAGACAUUCAGGCCCAGACGUGGCGCCACGGGCCCUUUGGUAGACUGUGCCACCAUUGUGUGUGUUAUAAAUGUGAAAUUAAAAGACAAAGAAAGAAAGAAAAGGGAAACAAAACAAGACAGCCCAACAGCAACAACAAUCCCACAAACAACAGUCACAAAAGAUAUCGUUAAACUUUUUUUUUCAUUUUACUACAUGGACGUCAUGGAUAAUAAGGGAUUCUGAUUCAUUAUUAAUUUUAUUAAUUAUAUUUUCUGAUGAGUCUAGAACCUAGUGCAAAAAUGAGACAAAACUAAAUAUACGACAAUUGAAAAAGGUGAAGAGAAGUAUGUUUGUUAAACAUUAAAAAUUAAUAGUGUACUUCUUAACUAGGUUUACAACUGGUGGACCACACACCGGGCAUUAACCACCUGGUGAAGAUUUGGCAUAUCCACCAAAAAAAUACAUCUGGUUUAACCAAUAUCUCCACCAGCGCUACAGAUUCCUCCUUAUUCUGGCAUCUCAUGCAGACAAUACUAUGCUAUCUACACACUGUUUAGAAAUGGAAAGGUGAUCUAUCUGCACUGUAUCUUGGGUUUGUUGGCUAUGCUUCUUUUGAUGACAUAUAUUAUACAGUAUAUAUAUACAUAUAUUUUUUUUGUUAGAGUUCUAGCCAUUUUAUUUCUCCGCAGGGUCCUUUCUCAGACAUUACUGCAUGCUGUAUAUGGCGUUAGCUGUGUGUUGAUCUUCUAAAAGAUGAUAGAGUUUACUGGUAAUUGUGUAAUCAGCUCCUGCCUUUUUAUUUUCUUGGGUUAUUUACAUGUCAGAGACAUUUAUAAAAAGUGAAAAGAAAAACAAAAAAAACAAAUAACUAAUACCAGGCGCAGCAUCAUCUUUCCAGAUGUGGCUCUCUGCGGGGAGGCUGCCCCGGGGGCCAUCUUCUCCAUCAUGCCUCCUGGCAUUAACAGACAGCAAGCAACUGAACACACGAAACCGUCAGUAACCACUUGCUUUAGCCCAUUAUGGGAAUCUCUGAUGCCUUUGUGACCACUGGAGAGUUUAAUCCUCUUGGUUUAUUUUAUUUAAUUUCCCACCUUUGUGUGAGUGUGUAUGAACGAGAAGAAAAUGCAAUUUUUAGGUAACAUUUUUUUCCUCCCCAAAAGUCUAGGAACCAGAGAGUCUUUAGGGAGGAGUCCUGGAUGUGAUGAGGGAAAGUGGGAUUGGGGGACUGGGGAGGGAGGGGUUGUCUCUGACUUGACAUUAAAAAGUGUUCCAUGUCCCUCUUCA